AUGACAUUAACAGAUUCAUUUAAAAACCUUAGCUUGUCCAAGCAGGCGGAUUCAACAGCCACUAAGACUCUUCUAUUCAAGUCAAAGAAGUCUCCCGUCCCUGUCCUCGUCCUUGCAGACGCAAAUGCACCAACUUCAGCCAGCGACAUUGGAAAGAAGAUUAAUUUGAAGGAUUUGAGAGCAGCAGAUGAUUCCUUGUGGAAUUCUGUUUUAAAAUCAACUAAAAACGAUGCAUCACCAUUCAGCUUGGAUUCUGACUGCCACAUCGUACUUGAUCAGUCACUCUCACAACUCUCUACUCCUAUCCAAGUCAAGGGGCUAGACGGUCAAUUCACUUCGAUCGAUGCAAACACCUUAACAGACAUUUUGCAGUCGAAUGCCUCAAAAUUCGAUAAGCUCGAUUUCACAGCAUCUCCAACAGCAUCAGCACCUUCUGCAGCACCUUCCCCAGCUGCUCCUACCUCCCAACAACGCAAGCAGGCAGGCAAGAUCGAGGGAGCAGCUGAAGUUGCAAUCGGUAUUCGCAAAGAUGUUGAUUUCCCCAACUGGUACACUCAAGUUUUACUCAAGGGUGACAUGUUAGAUUACUACGAUGUAUCCGGCUGCUACAUUCUCAAACCGUGGUCUUUCAAAAUCUGGGAAUCUAUCCAGAAAUUCUUCGAUGGUGAAAUCCAGAAGAUUGGCGUGGAGAACUGCUACUUCCCACUCUUCGUAUCAUCACGCGUACUCAACCGUGAAAAGGAUCACAUUGAAGGUUUCGCACCUGAGGUAGCCUGGGUGACGAAAGCAGGUGAAUCCGAUCUAGACGAGCCAAUAGCCAUCAGACCAACUUCUGAGACUGUCAUGUAUCCAUACUACGCCAAGUGGAUCAGAUCGCACAGAGAUCUUCCACUGCGACUUAACCAAUGGAACAGUGUCGUUAGAUGGGAAUUCAAAAAUCCACAGCCAUUCCUUCGCACGCGUGAGUUCUUAUGGCAAGAAGGACACACGGCGCAUAUAGACCACGACAGCGCAUCGCAAGAGGUUGACUACAUCCUCGACUGCUACAGACGUAUCUAUGAGGAACUUCUCGCUGUGCCUGUCAUUCCCGGUGUCAAGUCGGAGAAUGAGAAAUUCGCUGGAGGUUUCUACACAAAGUCUGUCGAAGGAUACAUCCCAACGACGGGUAGAGGUAUUCAGGGUGGAACAUCGCAUGGCCUUGGACAAAACUUCUCCAAAAUGUUCGAUAUUACCGUUGAAGACCCAGAGGUUGCAAGGAAGGCUAGAGCAGAAGGUCGUCAACUGAAAGAAGGCGAGGGCAAGAAAUAUGUGUGGCAGAAUUCGUGGGGAUUGUCUACUCGCACUAUCGGUGUGAUGGUCAUGAUACACGGUGACGAUCAGGGUCUAGUCCUUCCACCACCUGUCGCAUCGGUUCAGGUCGUUGUCGUCCCAUGCGGUAUCACGGCUAAGACCACUGCUGAAGAUGCAGACGCUAUCGAGAAAGGCGCCCAGAGCAUCGCUGAUAGACUGAUUAAAGUUGGUGUACGCGCAAAGGCCGAUCUCAGAGAAGGGUACACGCCGGGAUGGAAAUUCAACGACUGGGAGAUGAGAGGUGUGCCAAUUAGAAUUGAGUUCGGCCCUAUGGACAUGAAGAAGGAGCAGGCUUUGUGUGUGCGCAGAGCUGUAAACCCUAACCAGGACAAGGACCCAUUGCCAUUAUCACAAUUGGAGGACGGUAUUCCAAAGAUGCUCGACAGGAUCUACAAGAUGAUGUUCGAGUCCGCCAAGGCAUCAUUUAAUGACUCGCUCGAAGUGGUCAUGGAGGACUUUGACAGAAUCGUUAAGGCUAUGAACGAAAAGAAGAUACUGGCUAUUCCGUGGUGCGAGGAGGUAGAGUGUGAAAAGGAUAUCAAGGAGCGUACGGAGAAGGCAUCAGAUGGGGAGAAGGAUGAGAAGCAGCCUUCGCAAGGCGCCAAGUCUCUUUGUAUUCCCAAUGACCAGGACCGUUUCGGUAAAAUUGAACACGGUAAGACUCUCUGUGUGGCAUGCAAGAAGCCAGCCAAGAGAUUUGCAUUGUUUGGUAGAUCGUAUUAG